UGUAUGAGCCCAGCCCAUCCACCUACAACACCCAGUUUGUAUGGACCUUUGUAAUGUCAAGCUUGGGGCCUAGGGCCAGCUAAGUGCUCCGUUCUUCCCAAGGUGGAAAAUGGGUAAAGGCAGAGCUGGGUCCCGUCCUCCUGGCUCCCACCCUCCGCCAGGGAGAGGUGCAUAGACAGCUCUGGGAGUAAAACUGGCAGGGCCCUUGCAUGUGGUAGGGGAAGAGAGAAGGGUGACAUGGCUUCUGUUCAUUCCCUCUGCCAGCUUUGCCCAAAUCCCUGCAGCCAUCCUAAUCCACCCUGUCUAAUGGAGCCCAAGCUGGCUCAAGCCCCCACGGGAUGAGCCUGCAAAUCCCUGGGGCUGGGAGCUCACCACCUGUCCCCAGGGGACCCUUUGUUCUCUCCCUCUCUUUGCAUCAGAGACCCAAAUCCGGGGCCUCAGACAGGAAUGAUGGUAAACACAUAUUGUGGCUAAAGCCCCCUCACCGUAGCCCUCAAUGAUGAGAUGGGGAAAUAUAAGUUCCGAGCCUCCCACUGUGGUCACUGGGGUCACUGCUUCAGACCCCAGAACCCAGGAAGGCUUUCUCCAUGACCAGAAGGACAAUGCUUUAGGGUUCCAUCAUCACAUGUGAGAGGUUGGGGCAGAAGCUGCGGGAAUCCCUAAAUCCUCUCUGGGCCCUGCACAUCUGUCACAACCCUGUCCUGACCAACAGCGACAGCGGCUGGUGCAGGACCCGGGGCUCCUGCCAGGCGCUCAAAGCGUUCCCCCGUUCUGUUCCCUCCCGGCCCUGGAGCGGGACAGCGGAUGGCCCGGCCCGGGAGCGCCCGAGCCGCGCUGCCGCCGCUGCUGAUGCUGAUGCUGGUGCUGGUGCUUGUGCUGGCGCAGGCGGGCGCGGCGGGCGCGGCGGGCUCGGUGCGGCUGGCGGGCGGCCUCACGCUGGGCGGCCUGUUCCCGGUGCACGCGCGGGGCGCGGCAGGCCGGGCGUGCGGGCAGCUGAAGAAGGAACAGGGAGUGCACCGGCUGGAGGCCAUGCUGUACGCGCUGGACCGCGUGAACGCCGACCCCGAGCUCCUGCCCGGCGUGCGCCUGGGUGCGCGGCUGCUCGACACCUGCUCGCGGGACACGUACGCGCUGGAGCAGGCGCUGAGCUUCGUGCAGGCGUUGAUUCGCCGCCGUGGCGACGGCGACGAAGGGGCCGUGCGCUGCCCAGGGGGCGUCCCCCCACUGCGCACCGCGCCCCCGGAGCGCGUCGUGGCUGUUGUCGGCGCCUCGGCCAGCUCCGUCUCCAUCAUGGUCGCCAACGUGCUGCGCCUGUUUGCGAUACCCCAGAUCAGCUACGCCUCCACAGCGCCUGAGCUCAGUGACUCCACACGCUACGACUUCUUCUCCCGAGUUGUGCCACCGGACUCCUAUCAGGCCCAGGCCAUGGUGGACAUUGUGAGGGCACUGGGAUGGAACUACGUGUCCACACUGGCCUCCGAGGGCAACUAUGGCGAGAGCGGGGUUGAGGCCUUUGUGCAGAUCUCCCGGGAGGCUGGGGGGGUCUGCAUUGCCCAGUCCAUCAAGAUUCCCAGGGAACCGAAGCCAGGAGAAUUCAACAAGGUGAUCAAGAGACUGAUGGAGACUCCCAACGCCCGGGGCAUCAUCAUCUUUGCCAACGAGGACGACAUCAGGAGGGUCCUAGAGGCCGCACGCCACGCCAACCUGACAGGUCACUUCUUAUGGGUCGGCUCAGACAGCUGGGGAGCCAAGACCUCUCCCAUCCUGAACCUGGAGGAUGUGGCUGUGGGGGCCAUCACCAUCCUGCCCAAAAGAGCUUCCAUAGAUGGAUUUGACCAGUACUUCAUGACCCGCUCCCUGGAGAACAACCGUCGCAACAUCUGGUUUGCCGAGUUCUGGGAGGAGAAUUUUAACUGCAAACUGACCAGCUCAGGUACCCAGUCAGAUGACACCAUCCGCAAAUGCACAGGCGAGGAACGCAUCGGCCGGGACUCGACCUACGAGCAGGAGGGGAAGGUGCAGUUUGUGAUCGACGCGGUGUACGCCAUUGCCCACGCCCUCCACAGCAUGCACCAGGCGCUCUGCCCCGGGCUCACUGGCCUGUGCCCAGCCAUGGAGACCACCGACGGGCGGAUGCUGCUGCAGUAUAUCCGAGCAGUCCGCUUCAAUGGCAGCGCGGGGACCCCCGUGAUGUUCAAUGAGAACGGGGACGCGCCGGGGCGUUACGACAUCUUCCAAUACCAGGCGGCCAACGGCAGCGCGGGCAGCGGGGGCUACCAGGCGGUGGGCCAGUGGGCAGAGAACCUCAGGCUGGACGUGGAAGCCCUGCAGUGGUCGGGGGAGACCCGUGAGGUGCCCUCAUCCCUGUGCAGCCUCCCCUGCGGGCCAGGGGAGCGCAAGAAGAUGGUGAAGGGCGUGCCCUGCUGCUGGCACUGCGAGCCCUGCGAUGGCUACCGCUUCCAGGUGGAUGAGUUCACGUGUGAGGCCUGCCCCGGGGACAUGCGGCCCACGCGCAACCACACGGGCUGCCGCCCCACGCCCGUCGUGCGCCUCACCUGGUCCUCGCCGUGGGCCGCACCGCCCCUCCUGCUGGCCGUGCUGGGCAGCAUGGCCACCACCACCGUGGUGGCCACCUUCGUGCGCCACAACAACACGCCCAUCGUCCGCGCCUCCGGCCGCGAGCUCAGCUACGUGCUGCUCACCGGCAUCUUCCUCAUCUACGCCAUCACCUUCCUCAUGGUUGCCGAGCCCGGGGCGGCUGUCUGCGCCGCCCGCCGGCUCUUCCUGGGCCUGGGCACCACGCUCAGCUACUCCGCCCUGCUCACCAAGACCAACCGCAUCUACCGCAUCUUUGAGCAGGGGAAGCGCUCCGUCACGCCCCCGCCCUUCAUCAGCCCCACCUCGCAGCUUGCCAUCACCUUCAGCCUCACCUCCGUGCAGGUGGUGGGAGUGAUGGCGUGGCUGGGGGCCCAGCCCCCACACAGCGUGAUCGACUAUGAAGAACAACGGACAGUGGACCCAGAGCAGGCCAGAGGGGUGCUCAAGUGCGACAUGUCGGACCUGUCCCUCAUCGGCUGCCUGGGCUACAGCCUCCUGCUCAUGGUCACGUGCACGGUGUAUGCCAUCAAAGCCCGCGGCGUGCCUGAGACCUUCAAUGAGGCCAAGCCCAUCGGCUUCACCAUGUAUACCACAUGCAUCAUCUGGUUGGCUUUUGUGCCUAUCUUCUUUGGCACUGCCCAGUCAGCUGAAAAGAUCUACAUCCAAACCACCACACUGACUGUGUCCUUGAGCCUGAGUGCGUCAGUGUCCCUUGGCAUGCUGUAUGUGCCCAAAACCUACGUCAUCCUGUUCCACCCGGAGCAGAAUGUGCAGAAGCGGAAGCGGAGCCUCAAGGCGACCUCAACAGUGGCAGCCCCACCCAAGGGCGAGGACACAGAGGCCCCCAAGUAG